UGCCUCUUCUUAUUUCUUCCACGGCUGAACAGACACCACAUCAUUCUGAACAUUCUGAACUUGUUGUGGAGUGAAGAUGUUUCUACAGGCUGAUUUGCUUCACUGAUGAUUGGAAUAAGAGACUUUUUGGCAGUUACAGUGUGGAUUAUGACUGAAUGAUAAUAUAUAUCCAGAUACCAGACAUGGAUAUGAGGAAUAAGACACCGAUUCUUGUCUUCCUGAUUAUCUACAUAAACUGUGUGUCAGCAGGAAAGAACGUCCCUCAGCCUGACGACCUGCAGGUGAAUAUUUUGGAUGGGGAGAUAAUAGUACUUUGGAAACGACCUGUGGACGCUCCCUCAAACUCCCACUACAAUGUAGAAAUGGGAAAGUAUGGUAGGAAAUGGGCCAUGGUGGACAACUGCACGGGGAUCAAACAGACCUACUGUGACCUCAGCAGCCUUGUACAUGACUAUCAUGUUGGCUACAACAUCAGAGUUCAGCUGGUUGCAGGAGAUGACAAGUCUCUUUGGACCACAAAAAGAAAAAUUCUCCUAAAUACAAGCACAUUUCAGCCUCCCUCCUUCACUUUGUGGGCUACUUCCAGCACUCUGACAGUUUAUGUUCACCCAAAACCCAUUCUGAAAAGAAUUUUCCCUUUUGGGAUCACCUACACCAUCUAUCUGGAAGAGACAGGACAAAAUAAAAAGAACACCACAGCAUACCUGAAAGAUGACGUGGGAGAGGAUCAGAGGACUAAGUCUUUCAGUUCCCUCCGCUGGGGGAAAGAGUACUGUGUCAGCAUCAAGGUGGAGGGAAAUGGAGCUCUGUCCACCACCAGUGUGUCCCCUAAACAGUGUCUGCGGCUGCCAGAGCAAGAAUGGUUCAUACUUGCUGUGUCAUCCCUAUCUAUUCUGGGUGUGUUGGUCAUCAUUGUUAUCAUAGCAACCACCAUUCUAUGUUACCUGAAACGUCCAGAGAAAACACCUGCUGCAUUGAAAUCCCCUGUUAGUGGCUGGCUUCCACUCUCUGUUGGAGAAGGGACUGUGGAGGUUGUUACUGACAAAGGCUGGUUCCUGUCCAGUUACAGAACACCAGUGAAAGAAUGUGUCAAAGAUCCAGUGGCACAUGUUACGGUAAAAGUGGACAAUGAUGAGGAAGACAGGAGGACCAGCUUAGACAGCGGGGUGGGCAUGGAGUCCACCUCUGCUAUAAACACCGGAGGAAGUCCUCCAAUGACACAUGAGGACAGUGGCUGUGGGAGCUUGGGAGGACCAGAAAGCUCCACUAGCUGUCAGACAGAUUACCCCCCGCAGGAUGAGAGGACUGGUACGGACAUAACUAGGAAAAGGGAGGAUAGUGGGGUGGGGCUAGCCUGCCAGCUUGAUUCUUCUUCCAUAAUUCUGGAUGGACAGGACAGUGGGUCUCUUAAGGUUGCUGGGAGUAAUUAUCGGAGCCAAAGCCGCUCUGUUGUGCAGAUUCACAUCUGUGAUGAUGAGGAGGAGUUGCUUCCUGACUCAGUUUUGGCCGAAAUGGUCACAGGUUACAGGGCUGGGCCUCAAUCGUGUAUCUGCUCAGGAGCAGGUCAGUGCACUUGGUGCCAUAAACAAGGCCAUUAUGGAACUGAAGUUAUCAAACAAUACAGAGCUGUGUGUAUCGAAAAUGGACUACUGAGCAGCAAAUGUGAUUUUGUGGACUCUUACAAAGGGGAGCUUACAUUUUCAAGUUAUUCUAAAACAACACAAAUGGACACUGUCAUGGUGGAUGACUUAGAAACAACUUUUGUACAACUGGGGGAUACUUUCCCUCUGCUAACAGCUCUAUCACCGCUGCCCCUAGUGGAGGAAGGACAUGACUUCAAUAUGAACAAUACAUCACUCUCUCUCUGUGAUGUACAGCUGAAGACUGAAUGACACGCUGUGGAAUGCAACAACGCUAUUUGUGAAACCAUGUUGGCUGACAUAACCUGUGAGUGCUAUAAUAGAGCAAUGGACUCCCUUUUCCUACAUGACAAACUGUAUUUGGGGGAGAGAUGAAUUGUUCCAGUAUAGAAAAUCUGAAGGAAAAAGGGGGGAACUGUAAAGAAAAAACAGAGUUGUUGAACAUAGGAAGGAAAUAGAGGUUAGACCACACAGCUGCUGGCUGUUAACUGUUGGUUGGAGUCUCAGGAGCGUCAACGGACAGAGAACAUGAAGUCAAAGAACUUAUUUAACUCCGUCUCACUGGGUAUAUUCACAACUGACUAAAAUGCUGUAUGCCGGAAGUGAAACUGGUGUGGGAAGCAAUGCAGAGAAACGGUUUGACAAUUACGUGCUUUUGGACAUUUUGCCUCAUCAUCCUUGCCUCUCACCUCCGCCAACAAUGAUGCCUUUUCUUACCACUAUUUAAAAAUAAAAUAUAAUACUUGUGAGCCACUUUAAAGUAUUAAGAUGUCAAGUGGUGUCAGACAAACAUUUUGUCAGAGAUAUGAAGCAAGUGACAUUCAUAGGUCUUAUAGCCUAAACUGCUGGUCUGUGUUUCAGCUACUUUCCUGUUUAAAUUAUUUAUUAGAUAUGAAAAAAACUAUGUAUUCAUUGUGUAUUACUUUGAAUAUAUGUGACUGCACUUCUAUGUGUCAUUAAAAGAAACUGUCUACCUGGA